AUGGAGGUGAACUGUGAGGAGCUGGAGAAAGUACUUGUCGGAUUAGACCCUGAGAAGUUUUUUCAGAUUGGCUCGGAAUUACCGGCACAGGAGAAGUCAACGCUAGUUGAUUUUCUUCGACGGAAUCAGGACGUAUUCGCCUGGGAUCCCUAUGAAGCCCCUGGGGUUGACUCAGAUCUCAUAUGCCAUCACCUUAAUGUUAACCCGGCCAUAACACCAAAGAAGCAACCUCCUCGGCGGCCGUCAAAGGAACAUGCAGACGCUGUGAGAGAAGAGGUCGUAAAAUUGAAGAAGGCUGGGGCUAUCAAGGAAGUAUUCUACCCCGAAUGCGCCGACUACAUAGGUAGAAUAGCCAAGUGGGGAACAACCCUGGGCGCCUUCGACAUUAGAUACAUGCCUCGCACCGCCAUAAAAGGCCAGGUCCUCGCCGAUCUAGUGGCUGAAUUCGCGGAGCCCACCCUAGAAGGGAUGGAAAUGUCGGGGUCACCAAGUGCUGAUGGGAAAUUGGUCAACACGGUCUCUCAACAUGAGCAUAAUAGGUGGAGAGUACACAUCGAUGGUGCAGCAAACCAAAGGGGCUCAGGAGUAGGGCUCGUUCUAGUCUCUCCCGAAGGGAUAACCAUAGAGAAGUCGUUGAGGCUCGGAUUCUCUGCCACGAACAACGAAGCCAAGUAUGAGGCACUGUUGGAGGGGAUGUCAAUGAUCCGGAAAUUAGGUGGAAAAUGCGCAAGCAUAUUCUCGGACUCGAGACUCGUUGUGGGACAAAUAAAUGGGGAAUUGGAGGCGAAGGAUGAAAGAAUGCAAGGUUACCUGGCCUGGGCUAAACACCUGCAGACCCAUUUCGAUGACUUCCGUGUAACGCAUAUACCCAGGAGUGGGAACACUCAUGCUGACUCUCUCGCAACACUGGCCACCUCCUCGGCUCAGCCCCUUCCGCGGGUUAUUUUAGUUGAAGAUCUCAGCCGUCCAACAACAGAAAAGGCUAAAGGAAUUCGGGUACAUAACGUCGGGGCAGGACCUAGCUGGAUGGACCCCCUGGUGCUGUUCUUAAAGCACGACACCUUACCGGACGAUAAGGUUGAGGCUGACAAGAUCAGGAGGAAAGCUUCUCGAUUCUGGCUGUCCGAGGACUCCAAGCUUUACCGACGAUCAUUCUCGGGGCCAUACUUGCUGUGUGUGCACCCAGAGGCUAUAGAACUCAUACUGGAAGAGUUACACGAAGGGAUCUGUGGAAGCCAUACGGGGGGUAGGUUCGCCCCGAACAUACAUCAGCCAGGCGGAGAACUUAACCCGCUGUCCAGCCCUUGGCCAUUCGCACAAUGGGGCCUAGACAUACUAGGGCCGUUCCCCAAAGCGGCUGGGAACAGGAAGUUUCUUCUCGUCAGCACCGAUUACUUCACGAAGUGGGUCGAAGCUGAGGUGCUGGCAAACAUCAGGGACGUCGAUGUCAAGAAAUUUGUUUGGAAAAAUAUUGUCACUAGGUUCGGGACCCCGCACACCCUGAUCUCGGACAACGGCCUCCAAUUUGACAGCAAGGCCUUUAGAGAAUAUUGCAAUGAGUUAGGGAUUACCAACCGAUACUCCACACCAGCCUACCCACAGGGUAACGGACAGGCGGAAGCCAUCAACAAAACCAUAGUAAAUGGACUAAAGAAGAGGUUGGACGACGCGAAAGGGAGGUGGGUUGAAGAGAUAGCCCACGUCUUGUGGACAUACCGCACCACGCCUCGCAGGUCCACGGGAGAAACCCCCUUUUCAUUGACCUACGGAGCCGAGGCUGUCAUCCCACUGGAGAUAAACUUCCCCACCCAGAGGACUACUGCCUUCAACCCCAUUGCUAACAACAGCCUUCUGGAGAAAAACCUAGAUCUCCUCGAAGAGAGAAGGGAAAAUGCGAUGGUUCACCUAGCUUAUUAUCAGCAAAAGCUCAAACGGGGCUACGACGCCAAGCAAUUAAUGGCAGAACAAACAUCCAUUUAUGAUAAAAACAGAAAAGAAAGUAAAGCAACAAGAAUAAAAGGAAAUGAUACCAUUCAUUGA